AUGUCGCCAAUAAUAAUCACGACCAUCGCCGUCCUGCUCGCGCUCUUGUCCAUCAUCCCGUCAACACGGGCUAAUGAUACUUGCAUAUGGUACGGUGAAUGCGAAAAAAUAGACGCAUUCCGUGUACUUAAUUGCCGUUAUAAUGGACCCCCAAAACCGAUGACCGACCCCAAUUCUAUAGAUGUUCUUAAAACGUGGUGCCCUGAUUUCAUACAAGAUAAUUCAAAAGACGGACAAACUCUUAAUACAUGUUGUGGGGUCGAUCAGCUUUUAACAUUGAGCUCAAGUAUUGUACAGGCUGCAAACUUCUUACAUAGAUGUCCGUCGUGUAUGAGAACGUUUGGAAGAUUUAUUUGUGAAUUGGUUUGUUCGCCAAUUCAGAGCCAAUUUAUGAACGUAACCAAAUUGACGAAAACAGGUACUUCGAUACGAGAGUUGGAUUUUUACAUUUCCGAUUCGUACAUGCAAGGCGUUUACGAUUCGUGUAAAUCCGUGUCAAACCCGGCUACUGGUGAAUUAGCAAUGGAUGUUAUAUGUUCAGGAGCAAUAGGCUGUUCUGCACAUAAGUGGUUUCGAUUCUUGGGAAAAAAUCCAUAUCUAGGUUUCAUCAUAAAUUACAUACCAGUUGUAAAAACUGAUAAUCCUCAACAAUUUGUAGGCCCAGUAAUACCGUGUAAUCAACCGGUCGAUAAUAAAACUACUGCUUGUAGCUGUAUGGACUGUGAAGAAAGUUGUCCAUUGCCGGAUAAAAUUCAAGAAACUCAGAAAUUAGUCAAUGUAGCAGGUAUUGAAAUUAUAACUAUGUCAUCGGCAAUUUUAUUUUGUUUCAUAAUGUCAAUAUUUACUGGAUUCGUGUGUUUUAAAGAUGUACUAAUGAACGGAAAGAAGAAAAAAAACGAUAAACAUAAAUAUAUAGUUGCAGAACAUACUAAAGCAAAACAUAAAAAUAUAUUGGAAACAGUUUUUUAUAAAAUUGGAAAAUACUUCGCGAAUAGAUCACAUAUUUCUCUUAUGAUGUCAGUGUGUCUGAUAACCACAUUAAGUCAUGGUAUUCACUACAUAAAGAUCACAAUCGAUCCAGUAGAUUUAUGGUCAUCUCCGAAUAGUCAAUGUCGACAAGAGCGUGAAUAUUUCAAUACAAAUUUUAAGCCAUUUUUCCGAACCACACAAGUCAUUAUCGUACCAAACGGAAUUCGAGAUGUGCUCUAUAAUACCUCUGAAGGUUCGUAUACAUUUGGACCAGUGUUCAACCGUACAUUCUUGCUGGAAGUUCUAAAAUUACAACAGCAAAUUGAAGCCUUAGGCAGCCCACAUAACGGGCUAGAAAAAGUGUGUUUCGCACCACUUGUAUCUAAAUUCAAAGGUUCACCAAAUGUUUCGGAUUGUGUUGUUCAAAGUGUUUGGGGCUAUUUUGGAAACAAACAUUACAAACUCAACCGACCUCCUAACUCUGACAAAUACCUUGAUACAUUAAAAAUGUGUUUUCAGAAUCCGUAUAAUCCCCUUUGUUUAGCACCUUACGGAGGUCCAGUUGAUCCAUCUGUUGCUCUGGGAGGUUUUUCCAAUUCUAGUGAACCGAUAACCAAAAUAUCUCCUUAUGAAAAAGCGACAUCGCUUUUAUUAACAUUUGUACUGAACAAUCACAACAGCAAACCGUUGCUGAAAGAUGCACUUGAAUGGGAAAACAAAUUUUUGGAUUUUAUGAAGAACUGGACUAGAGUUUCGAAACCAUCUUACAUGGAUGUAGCUUAUUAUUCAGAACGUUCGGUAGAAGAUGAGUUGGACAGAGAAUCUCAUUCAGAUGUGUCUACAAUAGCCAUAAGUUAUUUAGUCAUGUUCUUGUAUAUAGUUUUUACUCUUGGUUGGAGUAAAAUCAUAUUAAGUUUUUUUGGAAUAGUAAUCGUUAUAUCAUCUGUCGUUUGUUCGGUCGGUUUUUACGGUCUAAUCGGUGUACCGCUGUCAUUGAUCGUACUAGAGGUCAUACCUUUUAUUGUUCUUGCUGUUGGAGUUGACAAUAUUUUCUUAAUCAUUCGAACAUAUCAACAAAUGGAUGUGAAAGAAGACGAACUGAUUCCUGAUUACAUCGGUCGUGUUUUAAGCAAAAUUGGACCGUCGAUUUUCAUCACUACUCUCGCAGAAAUUACAUGUUUCUUUAUCGGCAGUUUGUCAGAUAUGCCUGUUGUUAGGUCUUUUGCAUUAUAUGCCGCAAUGGCUUUAGUGUUCAAUUUUUUGUUACAGAUGUCUUGUUUUGUAGGAUUAUUAGCAUUGGAUGCUAAACGAAAAACAGUUAAGCAAGAAAUUAAAAAACAAAGUUUAGUGUAUACUACGUUUCAAAAAUUGUACGUUCCAACUUUAAUGAACAAAUGUGUUAGACCAUUGAUUGUAUUAUUAUUUAGUGCUUGGCUUUGUAUGAGUAUUGUGGUUAUUCCGAAAAUUGACGUGGGUCUGGAUAUUGAACUAACUAUGACCCAUGAUUCGUAUGUGCUUAAAUAUUUCAAAUUUAUGAAACGUUACUUUUCAACUGGACCUCCUGUUUAUUUUGUGGUCACCGACGGGUUGAAUUUGACUGAUGUCAAUGACCAAAAUCUUCUCUGUGGUGGUACUUAUUGUGACCCGUAUUCAAUCACUAAUCAAAUCUACAGAGCUUCAAAGACGGCAAAUUUAACUUAUAUAAACAGGCCUUCAACCUCGUGGAUUGACGAUUAUUUCGAUUGGGCUGAUCUUUCGAGUUGCUGUAAAGUUACUGAGAAUGAUAGUUUUUGUCCGCACAAUAGUGAUGAUAUAUUUAACUGUAGAAGCUGUAAUAUCAUUAAAAAUGAUUGGGGUCGACCAAAUGUUCAAAAUUUUUCAAAGUUUUUACCAUAUUUCCUCCAAGAUAGUCCAGAUCGAACGUGUUCAAAAGCUGGGCAUGCUGCUUAUAGUGAUGCUAUUUCUUUGAAAAAUAAUUCAACUGGACCUAAUUAUUUUAUGACUUUUCACACUGUAUUAAAAACAUCCAAAGAUUAUUAUGAAGCAAUGCGUUCUGCUAGAUCAAUAGCAAAUAAUAUGACUAAAACAAUCAGAAGCAAAAAUCCAAACACAACCACUACUGUGUUCCCAUAUAGUGUUUUUUAUGUGUUCUAUGAACAAUACUUAACUAUAUGGCAGGUGUGUGUUCAACAUUUAGUUUUGUCAUUAGUAAUGGUAACAUUUGUAAUGUGGACGUUUACUAAUUUAAAAAAAUCUUCAGCUUUUAUUCUUCUAAUAAUUAAUACAAUGAUUACAGUAGACUUGUUAGCGUUUAUGUACUAUUUAGAUAUUUCUCUUAAUGCGAUAUCAUUGGUAAACAUUGUAAUGUCAAUAGGAAUAAUGGUUGAAUUUUGUGGACAUAUAAUUUUUCAUAAUGCAAAAUCAGUUAUUUCUUGUCCAAUUCAACGUGCCACUCAUUCUUGUGUAGAAGUCGGAAGUUCGGUGUUCUCCGGAAUUACUUUAACAAAAUUUGCUGGUCUUGCUGUACUUGGUUUUGCUAACACACCAGUGUUUAAAAUUUUUUACUAUAGAAUGUACAUGGGUAUUGUUAUUAUUGCUGCCUUGCAUAGUUUAGUUUUCCUACCAGUUUUACUGAGCUACAAAGGUGUACAUUAUGUUCUAGUAGAAAAGACUGAUAGUUCUAAGAAAAAAACUAAAAGUUGUAAGUUGCAACUAUUAGAAGUGAAUGUGCUUUGAUGAAAGAAAAAUAUCAAAAUGUACCUAAUCACUUGUUUAUUUUUAAGUAGCUAAAAAUCAGUACUACUUUUAUUUUUUCUUAUUUGUUGGUAUUUUCAAGUUUUUUUUAUU